AUGCUUGGAAGUGGUUACUGGAUGGAGGACAUUGGAAAUACAUUCGAGUCAUUAAAGGAUUUAAUUCUACCAAGAUCUAAAUCGGUUACGUCGGGUCGCUGGAAACAAGAAUUUCAUCAAUCCAUAACCACACCGGCACCACAUCAAGGCAUCGACAUGAACACCGAGUCUACCAUUGAAAUGGAAGUCCUUCCACGCUACCAUACCCAGCCAGUAGCUCAAGGCCCAACAACUUAUUGGCAACGAUGCGGAUACAACAUAUUGGGUUAUCUGAGAACCGGCUGGAAUAUGAUUGUUUCAUAUCGUUUAGUAGUAACAAUGGCUUGCUACACUACGGUAGUCAUAUCGCCCUCGGCUCCUACAUUUGAUGUCCUCACCCUUUACAAAACUCCUCAAGGAUGUCUCAUUUUGAUCUUGUUACUUUUACUUCUAGUCUUCCUCCUGCAACGUUUGAAUGCAAUCAUGGGAAAAGGAAAAUUGCAAAGUGUUAUAUUUCUAGGCUACGUGGCUUUCGUUUUUCUCUUCGAUUAUUUAUUCAAGAACUCCAUCGUGCCCGUGAUUGGGACUGGAGGAUUCGAAGCAUUACUUACGGCAAUUAAGCUGAGUCCAAUAGCCUUCGUACUUCUUGCCAUACUAUGGGAUAACUUUAUUAUAUGUGUACGCCUUGGUUGGGCCGGCUCCUUAAUCUUGCUUGAACUCCUUUUUUGCUAG